AUCAACCGCCCCAGUCCUGACAAAGCCUCAGGAAGAACUGGAGAUACUCGCCCUGGGCCGUGUGCCCUAUCCAGUAAGCUGGUCCCAAUUUCUGCUCCCAGCUGUCGCUAUGGAGAUGGCCUUGCUUCUCCUCCUCUUUGGGGGCUUCUGGGCCCAAGUGGUGAGCCAUGAAAAUCUGCAGAAUAUGUCGAUGUUGCCAUUUUCUCUGCAUAGCACAUCCCCAAUUGCUAUGCUACCAGGGACAGUGGACCCAAAGGAGAGUAUCAGCCCCUGGAGGCAGACCCCAGUCCCAGCUUCCUUGACUCCCUUGGGAACUGCAGAAUUGUAUUCUUUUGAGACACCAGCUGAUACCAGCAACAGCACCCCAGUAACUGAGCCUACAACCUCUCAGGACAUUUCCAACACGGAAUUAUCAAUACUGGCUCAAAAAUUAACAGAUGUAGCGAGUGACACUCCUGUCAACAUAACUAAUCCUGUGACAAUCAGAACCUCUUUAGAAACCUUUACAGGGAGUAGUGCACCUCCCGUGACUGUGACAACAAGCGCUACCAUGGCCAGUGGACCCUCUGUGGCUAUAACUGUAAGCUCCGAGACCAGUGGCCCUCCAGUCACUACGACUACUGGUGGCACCCCAGGCUCUGGUACAAAAAUAUCCAGGUCUAUGCCAAAUGCCACAACCACCAUGUCACCACGCAAAGGAUUUAGUGCCAUGGGGCUGCUCCCCCUGCUCAUUGCCUUGGUAGUAGUUUUGGCUCUCAUUAUUGUACUGCGGCUGUGGCACCAGAGGCAGAAGGGAAAGACCCUGAGCAGAGGUGGAAUACUAAAUAGGUUGAUGGAUGCCUGGGCUGGGUUAACCCGGGUUCCUGAUGAAGAGGCCACAACCGGAACAGGGAGAGGGAGCAACAAGUGCUCUGGAGCACCAGCGACUGACAGCUGUGGUCGUCGGCCCAAUGUCUGCACUUUCUUCAGCAGAUGGAAGUCUAGCCAGUGCUCCUUAGAAGAGCUGAAACCUGGGAAGGAUCCAAACCUGAAGGGGGAGAAAGAGCCUCUGGUAGGCAGUGAGGACAAAGCUGUGGAAACCCCAACUUCUGACAAGCCACAAGUCAAAGAUGGGGCUGCACCUCAAUCCCAAUGAGUAGCUGUAUUCACCUAGUCUGCUCCUUAACCCCAAAUCCUGUUGUCAGCUGCCUCACACUCUGCAUUUGUGAAUAUUUGUGGACCAGA